AUGGCUUCUCCAAGGCGUUCGUGGUCGUUGUCUCUGCUCCCACCGGAGAUAAUACAUGAAAUCUUUUACAAGACUCCCGCGGAAGCUCUCGUACGAUCAAAACCGACGUGCAAGAAACUGUACACUCUCAUCACCGACGAAACUUUCAUCCACAAACACUUCCAACGCUCUCAAGAACACUUCCUAAGAGCCACUGAUACGGUACAAAUCAUGGAUCCAUCGACGAGAAAAAACUCUGUUUUACCAGUCCCAAACGAGUUAUUACGACAUCCAUUCAAGAUUGAUAGUUUGGUUAACACACACAUGGUUCCCUGCGAUGGGUUCAUGCUGGUUGAGUACAAAAUGUGGAAGUACAGAGACGACGGAUCAAGAGACACCAACCUCGCGCUUUGGAACCCUGUUUUGAGAAACCUCAGAUGGAUCGAGCCCUCACGAAGCAUCACGAGCUCUGACUACCACGGGAUUGGAUAUAAAGACAAGGCUAGCGAUGGUUACAAGAUCUUGAGGUUUCCUACUCGCCUUUGGGAGAUUGAGCGUUAUGAAGAUGAACCACAGGUUGAGAUUUACGAGUGCAAGACGAGUUCCUGGAGGACUCUUGAUGUGGAGCUUGAUGUGGGUGUGAUUAUCAUGCGUAACUGUGUGGCUGUGAUGGGUAACAUGUAUUGGGUUGCUUUCGAACAAGAAAUGGAUGAAGAAGAGUUCAUUCGUUGUUUUGAUUUCUCGGAUGAAACAUUUAAGUAUAUAUGUUUCUGUCCUCCUUGUUCUUAUGAUAAUAGUCACUUAGCAUCUUUCAAUGGAGAUAGGUUGUCAUUGCUACAACAAGACCUCGGAUCAAGAACCAUUGAGGUGUGGGUUUCGAGCAAGUUGGGUGAUGGUGAUGUCUCGUUUAGCAAAUAUUUCAGUUUGUCCGGUCCUGAUAUUUCGGCGUUACGGUUCCAUGAUGAGGCGGCUCGUCCUUUUUACUGCCUAAAAGUUGAAGGAGAAGAUAAUAAGUUUUUUCUUACUAUGUGUCAGAUUGAUGAGAAUGGGGUGAGAAAUGAGAAGGUGAUAGAACGUGACUACGUGCAUGACUAUUCUGGCUCCUUCCUUUGUGGCUAUGUUUAUGUUCCAAGUAUGAUCCCUCUUCCAUGGGUAAGAGAUUAG